AUGCAAAAGCCUGCCACUGAUAUCAAGAAGAAAAUCCUUCCUCACCACGUGUUCCAGCUGCAAUGCAUUAUCGAUGCCUUCACCGUCUCGCGGGGCUGGUCGCUAAACGUCCUUUGGGGGCAUGUUAUUGAACCUCCAGACAGACAAUUUCGACCUCGCAGGGACGUCGACCUAUUCCUAGACAGGCACAAUGAACGGGAAAUGUCGGGAUUUUUGAAUUCUAUAUCUGUCCUCAAACAAGUUCUCGCCCACAACGAUGUGCUGGACGUGGUGUCCGGAACAUUCAAAAUUGCCAAAGACAUACAGGACGACUUCAUCAAUUGGCUUGGCGAGAGCAAGUACAUGUACGGCCUGAACGGCAUCCCACCAUCGAGGUUCUUCAACUCUAAUUCCAACGGACUUUGGGAGUUUUCUCCUUUUCUCUGCGGAGUCGACCUUAUGGAAGGACUUGAGCUGACGUACCGUUCAUCUAUGAUGUUAUGGGACGCCAUGCCUGAGCCUGUUCUGAUUGUUCAUCUUCAUAAUAUGCUUGUGAAAAAGGGCUAUAUCACGAGACCCGUCGGGCUGUUCCAGAACCUCCAGAACUUUUUUCGCGACUCCUUCUUCGUCGACGGGAAAGUGCCAGAGUCGGAUUUCGGCCGUGCGCUGGCCAAUUAUACCAAUGAACGAGGCGUGUCACGCAGUCAUCGACAGCCAGGUCGAAGAGCUGCGACCCAAGCCACGGGCGUUCAUUCCCUCAUGGAAGUUGGUGCAAACAAGUUUUUCAACAAAAAAUCCAAUUUGCUGCUCUACCGUGAAGCUGGCUGGGACUUGGACCGCAUACCGGACAACGACCUCCAUCCUCAAUCGCUUCUGGGUUCGGCACGCAUACUGCAGACCAAGUUCUUCAUCGAUCUGGUGACUGGCAAGAAGCGACUUCCCGAUACGGAUAUGAUAGUCAAACUGAAGGCGAAAGUUCCAACUGUACAAGACGAGGACAUUAUCGCGAUGGGUGCUGAAAUGCUCCGUCUUGUAAAGGACCAACAGCCAAUAGCGAAGUCGCUAGAGUCUCUCACAAAAAAUAGUGGCUACAAGCUGUUUUCCGACGCCAGGUUCAAGAAAAAAGAGGCCGAGGACCGGAAACACAUCAAUGGAUUACGGUUACACGGCCUGGAACUUCUUGAGCUUGUUAAGAUUGACCUCUACAACGAUAUAUGCGGCGAACACGAGCCAUUGUCUGCGGUAAACUACAUCUGGGUAACUACAGUGUACUUGAUGCAGUUUAUGAAGAUCGAAGAUAAGUUGAAGGCCUUGCGAAAUCCGCUCUAUGUUCGCGCGUACGAGACAGAUCGCGAGUGGAGCAAGCUUAUAAGAGCUGGACUCGUGACCUUGGCUCUGUUCGAAGAAAACGAGGAAUGCCUACAAGUGAUGGUGGAGCAGUUUCAAAGCUUCAAUGCUGGGAUUAUGAACCAUAUAUAUUGGGAAGAUUUGCAUCCAGUCUCGGAGUUGUUGAACAGGCCCCCGCGCCAGGACAGUCCGGACAUAGGAUGUACGAUUCUUUAA